AAGAGCAGACGCGCUCGCACUGCCGGGCUGCGCGCACGCGGGCCCCAGCGCGGGAGCAGAGGCAGCGAGAGCCCCCGCUCCCCCACCCGGCGGCGCCCCCGCCCCGCCCCCGCCGCGCGCGAUGCCCCGCAGCCUGCACGCCGCCGCGGUCCUCCUGCUGCUCUGCUUAAAGGAACAGCCGGCCGGCCCAGCCCCGCUCAACGGAUCCAAGUGGAGCUAUUUUGGUCCCGAUGGGGAGAAGAGCUGGUCCAAGAAGUACCCGUCAUGUGGGGGUGUGCUGCAGUCCCCAAUAGACCUGCACAGUGACAUUCUCCAGUACGACGCCAGCCUUGUGCCCCUGGGGUUCCAAGGCUACAAUGUUUCUGCCAACGAGCAGUUUAUCCUGAUCAACGAUGGCCAUUCAGUGAGGCUGAACCUGACCCCGGACAUGCACCUCCAGGGCCUCGGGUCCCGCUACACGGCCACACAGCUGCACCUGCACUGGGGGAACCAGAACGACCCGCACGGCUCCGAGCACACUGUCGGAGGGAAGCACUUUGCCGCCGAGCUACAUAUCGUCCACUAUAACUCGGACCUGUACCCCAACAGCAGCACUGCCAGUAACAAGUCAGAGGGCCUCGCUGUCCUAGCUGUUCUCAUGGAGAUGGGCUCCUUCAAUCCAUCUUAUGACAAGAUCUUCAGGCACCUUCAAGAUGUAAGAUACAAAGGCCAAGAAGUGCUCAUUCCAGGUUUCAGCAUUGAAGAGCUGCUUCCUGAGAGGCCUGAUGAGUACUAUCGCUACAAAGGGUCCCUGACCACACCUCCUUGCCACCCCACCGUGCUCUGGACGGUUUUCCGGAACCCUGUGCAAAUUUCCCAGGAGCAGCUGCUGGCUUUGGAGACUGCUCUGUACUACACACACGUGGAUGACCCAUCCCCCAGAGAAAUGGUCAACAACUUCCGGCAGGUCCAGGAGUUUGAGGAGAGGCAGGUGUACAUCUCUUUCCGGCAAGCUCUUCAGAUGAUCCUGGUGCAAGUUUGCGAACCCUUGCUGGAGAAUGACUACAGUUUGAAAAUGGCUCUAAGUACUCCAGCCAGUUCUGCUAAGCCGAAGACCAGAACCCGAGAACAGAAAUGGGGAAAUUACAUCCUUCUGUGGCAGAUUACACAGCUGUCACUUGACUUCGCAUCCAAGUGCCAUGGGAUGAGACGGAUGCAAGGGAAGGGGGAGUGUAAUGCAUGUUCACUGCCUCUUCCCCAGGCAUUAUCCUUUCAGUGGUCCUGGCUGGCGUUCUUGGCAUCUGUGUUGUCCUGGCAGUGUCCAUUUGGCUCUUCAGAAGAAAGAAGAGUAGCAAAAAAGGUGACAACAAAGGAGUCAUUUACAAACCGGCCAUCAAGAAGGAGACUGAGGCCCAUGCCUGAGGCCCCAGAACUCCCAGGCACAUCCAAGGAAGGACUUUGCUUUGGGCACUACACACUGUGGCUCCCUAGACAUUUGAAAUACCUGAGGGUUCUCUGAAGCUCAACCCACAAAUGCCCCAGACCCACGGGGGGCCUUUAGGUGGGUGCCCUGCCAUCCUGAUGCCACGGCCACUGCCCGUACGAUCUGUGGAUGGCAAGAGCUCGCCAAACAGGCAGGAACUCUGAGCUGUCUGCUUCAGCUGUGUGAGACCAUGAGGUUGUCUGGAUUCUGGGGCCACAAACCAAGUCACCCACUGGGGGCUGUGAUUGGUCAGGAAACACUUUCAUCCAGGGAUUCACUUGAGUGUGGUUUCAAGGAUCCUGGCAAUUCUGAGUCUUGUCCAAGCUUUCAGACCAGAAUGUGCACUCUCCGCUUAGAUUUUGCUUUUGAGACUCAGUUUCUUUCCUCAGGGAAGGGAUUGUUGUCUUCCUCUGAUUUCCUUCUGCUAUGACAAAACUUUUGGUCUGACCUUACACCUGGGAGGAAGAAUGAUAUAGGAAGGGUCAAGGUGUCAGAGACAAAAAGAAAACAAAAGAUAUUCUUUGAAACACAGUAGCGGCAUUUCCAAAGUCCUGUCCUUUGGAUCAAAUGCACUGAAUGGGCCCGAGAGAGACAGAAUGAGAAGACACAUAAGGUCUGGAGGAACUCACGCUGGAGUCAGAACUGUUGUCAGAAGUCGUCAAGUCUAAGUGUGAGAAGGACAGAAUAUUAAGCCCAAGCCCAACCUCCUGUCAGCGGCACAGUUAUGCUUUAUACUUCACAGACUUUAUAAAUAAUUAGGCUAUUCCUUGAAAAGUGUUGUUACUUUCUCUCUCCUAGAGUAGACACGAGUUCUGAAAUGACCCAAACUGCUUUUGAAUCUAGAGAAAAUAGGCAGAAGCAAAAUGACUGAAGAGUUUUGUCUCUUGCCCAGAUUUCAUUUUGGCCACUUCUGUGGUGUCCCUACUGCCAAUCUAGAAUUGGGAUGUACCUACUUCCCUGACUUUGAGGAUGUUGAGUCAUGGCUUGGUUAAAAUCUAUUUUCAAGCUAUGAAAGCAGGAAGUUAUCUGUGCAGGGUGGGGGCACCAUGGUAUUUAGGGACCAAUAAUAACGGAAUGUUACAAAGAUGCUUCAUGAUCUUCUACCCAAGCCAUAGUUUCUGAGAAGACUUAACUCUUCCAUAGAUAUAAGAGUCCCUGGAGACCAGUUAGUUCCAUGACUGGGAAGGAGCCUCUCCACCACCAACCUCUCCCGGCCGGCACCUUGCAGUUCACAGAGAACUUUCGAUUCCUGGUCUCAUUUUGACAACAUGGAAUGUCCGAUCAAAGCACAGGUUUCUUUAUAACAUCUUUUCCUUCUACUCCUCCCUCUCACUCUGAGAACAGUCUUCUCCCUUCUCUACCAUCAUGACUUUUUGUAGUGGUGGCAAGCCCCAUGGCUUUGUAGCUAGUUUGCUAAACAGAGGUGCAGAAGACCUAAUGAACACUUGGACGUGUGUGUGCACAGGAUCUCUGACAGCCUCGGAGCCUGGGGCGGCAUCCUCACCUUGCCAUUAGCAUGCCUGAUGCUGAUCGAAUGACAGCAGGGACAAGCCUCAUGACAUAGCAUUGUGAAUUAGGUGAUGCUUCCUUGGCCUUGGCCCAAAGUUGCCAAUCAGAAAGCAACAUAAAUCACUCCAGAGUCCUGGGACUAUCUCUCUACCUUUUAUGGACAAAUUUUGCAAGAGAACAAAGAGACCAUUGUACCUGGCACAACGGCUGUUCAUAAAAAGGGAGAUUGACUAGGCCAUGAAAACAGUGGCAUUUUCUCCUGCCCUGUGGCUGAGAUAAAGCAAAGCUAGGGAGGCAGGCAGAAGGCUCCAAGAAUCAACACUGUCAACUUCCUUGCUAAUCAUUAUGGGGCUCCUGGGGACCAAGCUUGGAAACUGGGAAGGCUCUCCUCAGGUUCUCACUCAUUCCACCAACACCAGUCGCCACUGAAGGAAACCAGCACUGUGGCGUGUGAAGUUCCUCUGCCUCACUCGCACCCCCUUGAAGGCCCAGGUGCUGGGCUGGGUGCGCUAUAGGUAGAGAUCACAAAAACAAGGCCCAUGUGGGAAAAGGGCAGGGAAGGCCCUGGCUUCUUUGUUUCUUACUAAUGGGAGAGUUUGAGUCUCUUUGUUCUGUUUCUUUAGGAUCAUCUGGUAAAAAUAGUAAAAACUUACACCUGUUUCCUUAAUAGACAUUCUAGGAUUUUGCUGCAUUGAUUAUUAAUCCCAUUUCAAGUUCAGACCUUAAAUUCUUCUCCCCUUCACUAAACUCUCUGAAGGCCUCCUGAGCACCACUGGGAAGCACCAGGGUCUGCAGCACCCCUCUGUCCCUGUGCCUCGGAUGGACCAUAGGCCACUAUGAUGAUGGUCUGUUUAGCACUUCUGUAUUUAUUGUAAGAAUGAUUGUAAUGAAGACAUAAACUAUAAAUAUGAGAAAUCAUAAAUAAAAUGUUUUUCACAUCAGA